CUUUGACAAAGGGACAAAUUUGUGUUGUUCAGGCUUCAGUGCUUGGAUCUGUACUCUCAAAUAUUUUGGUAGUGUUGAGGUCAUGUUUUCUCUUUGGUGGUAUCACCAUUCUUAAAGAAGGUCGUUUAGAACAAAAUUUUGAUUCAACUGCAGCACAAGCAAGUUCAAGUGUGAUGACUUUAGCAUGUAUUGUCUUAAUAUUAAAAACCCAUAAAGAUUUAUUCCAAACCGAAGAAAAUGAAGAGCUACAGAUAAGCAAGUAUUUUGUACUAUUUUUGCUAGUUAUAGUGACAGUUGUAACGGCAUUUUCUGCUGAAUUUCUUGUUAGUUCAAUUGAAGGAGUUGUCACGUCUCAUGGUUUAAGCAAAACCUUCAUUGGGUUAGUUUUACUACCUAUUAUUGGAAAUGCCGCUGAGCAUACAACUUCUGUCAAAAUUGCAAUGAAAGACAGAAUGGAUUUUGCUAUUAGCAUUGCAGUUAGCAGUUCAACACAAAUCGCAUUAUUUGUUACUUCUCUAUUAGUGAUAUUAGGAUGGAUUAUAGGUUAA